ACAUUUUUUCCAUUUCUAUUUAGCUAAAAACGUAACAAAUCCACUUAAAAUUGUAAGAAGUUAAUUCUUUCCCCAUUAAUUUACAGAUAAGAACAUUUGAAAAUGUCGACUACAGCUGGUGCUACUCGAAAGCAGGAUAUGCCUCCACCGGGUGGUUACAAAAAAAUCCCAUACUUACGAGUUCCAGCUAAAAGCUAUUUUACAGGAUUUCAAAUGCUUGGGAGCUAUGCUGUUGUAACAGCCGCAGGGUUGUACGUAUAUUAUUUGACUGCCAAAAAAGUGCAGCGCGAGGAGAUUGAAAUGCGCUCAGCGAAGACCGUCAUCUUCCCAUUGUUAGUAGCGGAGCGUGAUCGUGAAUUCCUGAAGCAGUUACGUCGCAAUCGCGAUGAAGAAGCUAAAUUGAUGGCGAACGUACCUGGCUGGGAGGUUGGCACCUGGUAUGGCGAGCCUGUCUAUAAGACCUUGCCGAAAGAUACCCUUGUUACCCCCAUGUUCAAGGAAUUUUACGCGCAUGCCGAUUACAAAUCGUAUGCCAAACGUGCCCAUCUGAAGUUGUGGUCAUAAGUAGUAGUCUUUUCACUGCUACCUCAUUCGGGUCAAAGCAGCCUUCGCUAGAGAAAUGCUUUAGUAAAUAAUAAAAUUAAAUAAACUUGACUUUAA